GGGCCCCAGCAGCAGAGCGAGCAAGAGAGGCCGGGGAUAUGGGGAAAGAGGUAAUUUUCAGAUCGGAGGUGGACAAGUCGGUAAAAAACCCGAUCAUGCACCAUCCAGACCAAGUUAGGUAAGGUAACUUUAGAGAGAAAUCAUCUGAACUACUCCCCUUGCUCGUGUAUGUGUGUGCGUGUGCAGGGACUACUUGCUUCGUUACGGAGCCUGUGAGCUGAUGCACGGGGACGCCAAGAAGAAGGCUACAGGCUGUAGCUAUGCCGUGGUAAUCAAGUUCGAAUCUCCACACGUAGCCAACAAAGUAAAGCAGAAAUACAAUGAAAAAUACCUGACGAAUGUCAUAGUCACCACCGCCUGGUUAGACGCCAAGACGGCCAAAGAGUUCGGGAUCUCCUUCUCCGUUUAUCCCUCGCAGAAGGACAAGCGAGUCGACAAACCGUCCACUUCCUCCUCAUCCUCUUCGCGAGACGCAGACCCUGGGAAGCGACAGCGAAAUGCGUCAGAGUCCGAUAGAAGCCAAGUUAAUUCCCACGUGGUGGUGAGCCCUGGUGGCAACGGAACGCGGACGAGCGACUCCCGUUCGCGACAGAACUCCGUCUCAUCCCAGGAGAUUGACGAGGGUAAAGGUGAAGGGGGCGGCGACCCUUCGGAACGACCAGAGUCGCGAGUUAGUUCUCACAGUCGUGGAUCGGGGGAGAGCAACGCCUCGAAAACGAUACGCAAGGAGAAGAUUGUGACUCACAGUAGCAGCGAGACCUACGCCUUUACCCAGUAUCACUCCAGCAGGAGACCGUCAAACAACAAGUGGUCACGGAAUAGCGCCGGAGGAGGGAGAGAAACAAGAAAAAGACGUGCUUCUUCGCCUGCUACGUCCUAUGAUCCGCUCACAAAGCGGACCAGGGAAGACAGAGUGAGCGUCGACGGACAAAAGGGGAACAUUUUCUCACGACUUGGACCGUCUUCUUACGCGAGGAGCAAGGAUCGUAGGGUGGUGGAUGGAGUGAGUGAAUCUUCACCUCCUCUCUCGCAUGGAACUCGCUCACGUGGACAGGAUUCGAGCCAGGCGUCGUCCGAAAGGUCACAGAGUCCUGCUUCACAGGAGUGUAGCGGCUCCCCAGCCCGCUCCUUGUCUCGGAGUAGGGGGCACAGCGAGAGAGGAGAUGAGAGGAAACGAGAAGGGUCUUCCCCAUCGUCGAGGAGUCGGGGUGCGAUAGGGAGAAGCAAGAGCGAGAGAGAGGAGAACAUUGAAAAGAGGAGGGAUAGCUACAACUCGAGAUAUGGGAAAAAAGCGAGUGAGCGGGACCAUUCCAGACGAAUAGAGGAGGAAGAAGAGGAGGAGGAGGGAGGGAGAGGCAGGGCAGCGUCUGUGACAAGGCGAAGGAGAAAGAAAUCUGAUCAUGAUUCCGAAUCCGACAGAGAGGGAAAUAAAUCCAGUGGCUGGAGGGUUAAAAACGUUGCUGAGAAAACUGGAGGGAGCCCCCACGUGACGAAGAAAAUUGAGCGCGAAAUCUGCAACAUCUCGUGGGAUGAAGCUGAAACCACUGCAGAUGAGAUGGAGACACCGAUUGCAGAGCAAACAGAGGACUCUGCUGCGACUGCUGUUUCCAGUGGUGGAGAGUCGCAGGUAGAAUUAAAGAGAACUGAGGAGGAAGAGAAGAAAGGGGGAGAGGGUACUGAUUCGGAGAAGAAGGAUGUUAGUCAGCCAUUGCCAGAAGACAAAGAUGUCACGGAGAGCGCUGUGGAGGAGGGGAAAGACGAAGGGGGAGUAGGAGAGGGGGAGGGUAAGGGGCUGGACACGAAGACAAGCUCACUAGAGACUGGCUCUGGUUCCAAACCUGCAGAGAAAGACGAGAGGAAGAAGGCAGAUGAUAGUAAAACCGGUUCCAGUCAGCCGGCGGAGGUGAAGGAGUCUAGAAAGGCUGAAACAACCCGUCCAAAGAGCCAAGGGAGGCCAAAACGAGGGAAAAAGAGAGGCGAGAGAGUUGAUAUUAGUCGGAAGAUUGAGGUGGGAGCUGUUGUGAGUCUGCAGCCCAACAACGCCACUUCUGAUGAGUCACGAAAAACAGAACAAGUUAACAGCAAAGAGAGCUCAAAGUCGGAUGCGAAUAAAGUUGAAGUCCGAGCGAAAACCCCGCCCCCAAUUGCACUGCCCCCAAUUGCCCCGCCCACCUCCCGGGACUACACUGAGCGAGAUGUGACUCCACCCCUUGAGGUCCUCCAGAGCAUGCAGCAACAGGCACCCUUCCAGCCGCCGUUCUUCCCCGUUCCCUUUCCCAUCACCUCCUCCCCUCACCCCCUCUCCACCUUCCACCCCUCCGCACAUCUGUUUCCCGGCCAACACCCAGUGGGUGGGGCCUCACUUCCCAUUCCGGGGAUGCCCCUCUCGUUUCCCCCGACAAUCUCCCAGAGAAGCAUGGCCGGCGGGAUCGUCAUGUCGUCGGGGGUGUGGCCUGUUCACAUGGCACCCGCCCCAUGGCAACAGAUCUGGUUGAACCCACACCAACGAGCACUCGGGGCAGGGGCUACCCCUGUUAACGACGAUUCCAGCACAGACACAGAUGCUCAAUCUACAGCCACAACUACUCAAACAGCUGAGCCCAAGGAUCAAUCUGAAGCAAGAACACCCGAGCCUCAGAAUUCAGUUGAAACUGACACAACUCUGGAAGAGACCAGCAAGACGGUGCCUGCUAGUUCACCCAAACCACCUCCACCUGAUCCUAUACCUUUGAAUAGUAGCACCGCUACGUCUGCGUGCAGAGUGACUGUAACCGAGGGAACCCAAACAAUGGGCAAGGAUGAAGUUAAUUCGGAUGUAGCUACUGCUGAUCAGGGCAACCAGACCUCUCCAAAUGGUUCACUAGAGGGGCAGUUGGAGGGGGAGAGAGAAGGAGGGAAGAGAAGGAGAAGGGUGGAUGCCAAGAGCAAACUCCCGCACAGUGAGAUGAUGGAAACGUUCAGGCAACAUGCGUCUGUCCUUGCGCUCUCUACUAAACUGAUGAUCAGGGCAAAUCCUGAGAAUCAGAGUGUUCUAGAAACUUCCCUGGAGUCAACUCUCACCAGCUAUGCCAAGUCACUGCUGGAAAAGUUUCAACAGGGCCGCUAACCACAUCUUUUCACACUAACUAUACAAUUCAGGCAAACUAGCCACCUCUUUUCAGGUCAGCUAUAUAUAAUUAUAUAUAAUGACACUGAUUUCAUGGCAGCUAGCCUCUUCUUUUUGGGCUAGCUAGCCACCUCUUUUUGUAGCAAACCUAUACCACUAUUGUCAUUCCCACUGACAUGUUGCUAUAAUUACAACAUAGUUUUGUAACAUGUUGUGGUUUGGAUCUAAAUUUGG